GCAUUAUGGCCACGUCAUUUGCAAACUUUUCGUUCGAGCGAUUAACGCAACAAAUGGGUGCAAAAUUAGACCCAAGACUGCGCCAGCAUCUGGCCAAGGUGUACGGAUGUUUGGCUGCAACGUGCAGUGUGGCCACCGUUGGUUCACUGAUCCAUUUGUCGGGAAUUUGGGAGGCGGGCCUGCUCAGUGCCAUCGCGUCCCUCGGUCUCAUCCUCGGAAUGGUGUUCACACCGGACAAUGGGAAAAAUUUUGUCCAACGGUUCUGCAUGCUGAUGGGAAUCGGACUGUUUACGGGCCAUUCGUUGGGAUUGCUGCUUCAGCAGGUUAUCUACAUUAAUCCGGCCAUCGUCGUUACGGCGCUCAUCGGUACGACGACAAUCUUUGGCUGCCUUACGGCGUCCGCCUUCUUUGCCAAGCGGGGCAAGUACCUGUACCUCGGUGGAAUACUGAUGAGCGCCCUCAGCACGAUGGCUCUAAUUAAUCUGGGAAAUCUAUUCUUCCGCUCGUACAUCGUGCAAGACAUUUCCCUCUACCUCGGACUAAUCGUGAUGGCCGGCUUCGUCCUGUUCGAUACACAUAUGAUCAUGGAGAAGCAUCACAUGGGCAGCAACGAUUUCAUUGGCCACUCGCUCGACCUAUUCUACGAUGUGAUCAGCAUUUUCCGCCGCCUGCUGGUCAUUCUUGCCCAGCGAGAGGACAACAAUGAGCGCCGGAAGCGAAAGAAUAACUAAAAACAA